AUGCUUCAAAGAGCAGUACAUCUGUCACUAUUUCUGUCAGCUUUACUUCUUUUUAUCUUCGUUGCCACCCAUUCGAGACCAUUGAUCAUCGUCAGUGACAGACCCACCAAAUAUAAACUGCCUGCGACCAAGACCACCACUUCCAUUCAAUCCAAACCUACCGCCAUGUUCAACGGAAACCCCUUUGUUCCCAUCGCCACGAGCGACCCCAUGAGUCAGUUUGAACGCCGAGAACACCCUCUCAAACCCCCUGUCGCUCGAGACGGUCCUCAGCAAACCAACAAGUUUUAUGCCAACAUGCUGCUGGGCGACCGAGACCUGCCGGCCUACGUCUACCCCUACUCUGUGUGGUGGUCCAAGACAGACAACUUCCAGGGUCUGGCCAUCUCGCACACCCGUGCGUCCCAGCUUGUCUACGGCCCCGACCCCGACCAGAACCCCUCCCAGUUUUACUUCAACCCUGUGGGAAUUAUGUCGCUCGUCCUCGGAGCCCAUGAGUUUUCCCAGGGCAUGGACAUGGUCGUGGACAAAAUGGACCAUUUGAGCGUUGAUCUUCAGAUCGGCCGCGGACCAGCUGGUCUUACUGCCCCUCUUGUCCGAGGAAUGGGCAUGGUUACGGCCAAGUACAACGGCGUGGGGCCCAUCAUUGGCUCUCAGGUCGGCUUUGCCAACAUUGAGCGUGUCCAGAAUGUCAGAAGCGACAUACAAAAAUACAAGCUGACUCUCAACAACCAGGUUGUAUGGAUCAUGUACGUCAAUGCACCUGAUGGGGCUCUGCAGUUCAACCAGUCAUCUCCUCAGCACUUUGCCGCCACUUCUGCUGCUCAGAACGCUGUCAUUCAGAUUGCCGUGCUUCCCGAGACUCCCGGAAGCGAGCAGGCUCUUGAUGCUGCUGCCGGCAAAUAUGCCACUGGCGGCUCUGUAUCUGGCACCAUUGACAAUGAUGGCCUGAGAGGCAUUUACUCACUAGAGUUUCCCACUGAGGGCCAGUCCCAGUGUGGAUUUCCCCUCAUGUACGCGCUGGAGCACCAGAGUCAUGUCAUGGUUGACGAGAUCAGGCAGCGAGAGACCCCCUGUCGUCUCGACACGUGUGCCAAGGGUGUUGCCAUUGGAUAUAACACCGACCGGUUCACCAUGGCCGAGCAGACUCUUCCUCGGGACAUUGGAUUCCUUCCCAAGCCUCUCAAGCGAGACUUGCAGAGCCAGCUGCAGGACCAGAAUGCGCUCAGGCUCAUUUUUGACGCAGCUAGCAAGGAGAUGGACCAGGAUAUCAACGGCCAGGCCAAUCUCGACUCUAUGUACUUCUCUGGCAAGGGCGUUGAUAAGUUUGCGACCAUUCUACUUGUUUUGAACGAUGUCUUGGGCGACAAGGAUCGGGCUCGAACUCUUCUAGACCGAUGCAAGCAGAUCUUUUCAAUGUUUGCCACCAAUAAGCAACAGAACCCUCUAGUUUACGACACGACCUGGAAGGGUGUGAUUUCCGUUGCUGGCUUCAACGACCCCAAUGCCGAUUUCGGAAACACUUACUACAACGAUCACCACUUCCACUUCUCCUACUUCAUUCAUGCUGCUGCUAUCAUUGCCAAGGUUGAUGCUGAGAUUGGAGAUGGUCAGUGGUUGAACCAGAACCGGGAGUGGGUCGAUACAUUGCUGCGAGACGCCGCCAACCCGUCGCAUGACGAUCGCCACUUUCCAGUGUCUCGAUCUUUUGAUUGGUAUAUGGGUCACUCGUGGGCCAAGGGUCUAUUCCUGUCUGCUGAUGGAAAGGACGAGGAGUCUUCUUCUGAAGACUAUCACUUCGCCUACGGUAUGAAGCUGUGGGGGCAGGUUAGCGGCAACCAGGCCAUGGAGGCUCGAGCCAACCUCAUGUUGGCUGUGAUGCGACGUGCUAUGAACAUUUACUGGUUCAUGAAGGACGACAACACCAACCAGCCCGCCAAGUUCAUCAAGAACAAGGUGCCCGGUAUCACCUUUGAGAACAAAGUUGACCAUGCCACCUACUUUGGUAUUAACCCAGAGUUCAUCAUUGGUAUCCACAUGCUGCCUACCACUCCCAUUUCGUCCUACAUGCGAGACGAGGAGUUUGUGCGGCAGGAGUGGGAUCAGCGUGUGUCCACCUUUGUGGACGGUGUUGAUUCCGGCUGGAAGGGUAUUCUUCAGCUGGAUCGGGCACUUUUUGACCCCAACGCCAGUUGGAAGUUCUUCACCCAGGGUAUGCAGCCUCAGUGGCUGGAUCCUGGUAUGAGCCUGGCGUGGAGUUUGACCAUGAUUGCUGGCAUGGGGGGCAAGUAG